AUGGCCAACUACCUUGCCUCCAUCUUUGGCACCGAGCAGGACAAAGUUAACUGUGAGUGUCCAUCGCGUCCUUUGGCUUAGCCCCACCGAAAUUUGCUAACAGCUCUAUUACCACCAGGUUCGUUCUAUUACAAGAUUGGUGCUUGUCGCCAUGGCGAUCGCUGCUCACGCAAACACGUUAAGCCCUCGUAUUCUCAGACAAUUUUGCUUCCAAAUCUCUACCAAAACCCGGCAUUCGACCCAAAGAACAAGAUGAAUCCCUCACAACUACAGAACCAUUUCGACGCUUUCUACGAAGACUUUUUCUGCGAAAUGUGCAAGUACGGUGAGGUCGAGGAGGUUGUUGUGUGCGAUAACAACAAUGAUCGUAUGUGAUUGACGCCCCGGUAUCAGAUGGUGAUGCUAACAAUGGGAAACAGAUUUGAUCGGCAAUGUCUACGCUCGGUUCAAGUACGAAGAGGAUGCUCAGACUGCCUGUGAUGCUCUAAAUGCAAGAUGGUACGCCGCCCGUCCAAUCUAUUGUGAGCUAUCGCCCGUCACAGAUUUUAGGGAAGCUUGCUGCAGGUUGAACAGUGGCGAAGGUUGUGUCAGAGGUGGCUUUUGCAACUUCAUUCAUAGGAAGGAACCAAGCAAAGACCUAGAGCGUGAGCUGGAACUCGGGAUGAAGAAAUGGUUGCGCGCGAGAGGCAGAGAUAGGCGCAGCGUAUCGCGCAGUGUUUCCCCCAACGGAGAAUCCAGAAGACGCAAGGAGGCUUAAAUCACCUGCUCAGAAUCCCCCCCCCCCCCGGAAUACCUUGACCGCCUGCCUAGCUUUCUUGCCGUAAGAGCGGAUAUGUACCAUAACUAUCUUUAGCUGCUUAACACCCGUGAUCCUGUCCCAUUAUCCUCGACCCAUGGCUAUCUUUUGAACCCAAACGCUCUCAAUUCAAACAACCCCCCGUUCAAGAUGACCCUUUUGUUUCGUCCUUCUCCUUUUUCCGGUGUUAAAAUGCACCAUUGCAUCAAUGAACUAUUUUAUGCACCGUUCCCUUUUCAAGCUUUCCCUUCCAUCAUAUCUAGUCUAAGAGUAUCCGCUGCAAUACUCGACCACGUCUUGUGCUCUCCCCCAGACAUGCUAUAAUGUACUGUUUUCCUUAGUAUCGUUGCCGUU